GCUUCUUCCGCAACGCCGCCAAGAAGGACCCGCAGGAGGGCUACAAGUGCCUGGCCGAGGGCGGCGGCAACGUGUACAUCCAUCCCUCGAGCUCGCUCUUCAACCGGCCGCCGGAGAUGGUCAUCUACCACGAAGUCGUGCUCACCACGCGGUGCGUCUGCGGUGUCGCCGGCAAUCCACUCACACGUGCUGACACUGUCUUCCUGCAGCGAGUACAUGCGCGAGGUCUGCGCCAUCGAGCCAAAGUGGCUCGUCGAGGUCGCUCCAAGAGUAAGUCGUCCAGCAAAAGAUGCCGCACCUCGUGCUCACGCUCCGCACCGCAGUACUUCCGCACCGCCGACUCGACGCAGAUCUCAAAGCGCAAGCGCCAGGAGAAGGUGCAGCCGCUUUUCGACAAGUACGCCGAGGACCAAGAUGCGUGGCGUCUGUCGAGCGUCAAGCGAGCCGGCCGCUCGUCGCAGACCUUCGGCUAGUCGGGCCGGGCCAUUGCUGUCUGUCCCUUUCGCUGUCCUCGCAAUGCUGCAUCUGUACUAUUAGUUGUCUGCUCGCGUUCUUUGAAUCUGUACGCUGCGCAGCAGAUUGCACUACGGCCUGCUUGAACCAGCAG